AAUCCUCCGUGAUAGUGUCAUCGUACCAUGGGGUACUUGACCGAGGUAGACAGCCCUGGUUUUCUGGAAAUCGUCAGUGGUCCGGUGCCAUUAAACACGUUAUAUGUGUAUUGCAAUUUGAUCCCGUAGCGCUGGGUCAGAAAGUAAGUUAUACGAAUUCCUGGGCAUUCGGGUCUCUGCAGGACGUAAAUGUACGUGAGCUUUUAAAAGGUGAUGCAGGGCAUAAUGCCAGUUAAAACAAAAUCUCGUGUUCCUGAAAAUAUGGGUAUCACAGGUGGUUUGGUAGAUGCCAGAGAUAAGCAAGUGUUAAAGGAAGCAGUAGAAGCAGUUGUUAACAGCUUUGCUAAGCAUACUCAAGGCUACGGAAGAGUAAAUGUGGUAGAAGCUUUGCAAGAGUUUUGGCAGAUGAAACAAAGUAGAGGAACAGAGCUAAGAAACGGAGCAUUAGUUAUUUAUGAAUCUGUACCUGGUACCAGUCCACCUUAUGUAUGUUAUGUUACUCUCCCUGGCGGAUCUUGCUUUGGUAGUUUUCAAAAUUGCCCCACUAAAGCUGAAGCUCGUAGAUCAGCAGCAAAAAUUGCUUUAAUGAAUUCUGUUUUCAAUGAACAUCCAGCACGUAAGAUAACAGAUGAUUUCAUAGAGAAAGCUGUUGCAGAAGCAAGAGCUAGCUUUGCUAAGCCCUCUGCAUCUUCCAACAGUGUUGGCAAUCAAACACAGGGGAAUGGAGAUGAGAAAGAAGAUCCAAAUACAGGUAUAGGUGCAUUUCGUUUUAUGUUGGAAUGCAACCGUGGGAGAACAAUGUUAGAAUUUCAAGAAUUAAUGACGGUCUUCCAAUUACUUCAUUGGAAUGGGUCUUUGAAAGCAAUGAGAGAAAGGCAAUGUAGCAGACAAGAAGUAGUUGCUCAUUACAGUCACCGAGCUUUAGAUGAUGAUAUGCGUAGUCAAAUGGCGCUAGAUUGGGUAGCAAGAGAACAUGAAAGCGGCGGCGGCGUUGUUGCUAUGGAGUUGGCAUUAGCUGAAAGAGAACUUGAAGCAGCACGUUUAGCUGGAAGAGAACUUAGAUUUCCUAAAGAAAAAAAGGAUAUAUUAAUGCUUGCACAUGCUCAAGUAUGCCCUCAGUGAUUUUUACAAAGUGAUCGUGCAA